AUGCGGCUGCUGCGGGCCCUGCUGGAGAAGGCGGCGCGGGCCACCGGGGCCCCGUCCUACAUCGAGCACUUCAGCAAGUUCUCGCCCUCGCCGCUCUCCAUGAAGCAGUUCCUGGAUUUCGGGUCCAGCAAUGCCUGCGAGAAAACCUCCUUCGCCUUCCUCCGCCAGGAGCUGCCUGUCAGGCUGUCCAACAUCAUGAAGGAGAUCAACCUGCUGCCAGACCGGGUCAUCAGCACGCCCUCGGUGCAGCUGGUGCAGAGCUGGUACGUUCAGAGCCUGCUGGACAUCAUGGAGUUCCUGGACAAAGACCCCGAGGACCAAGGCACUCUGGGACAGUUCACGGAUGCCCUGAUCACCAUCCGUAACCGGCACAACGAUGUGGUGCCGACCAUGGCGCAGGGGGUGAUCGAGUACAAGGAGGCCUACGGGGACGACCCCGUGUCCAACCAGAACAUCCAGUACUUCCUGGACCGCUUCUACCUGAGCCGCAUCUCCAUCCGCAUGCUGAUCAACCAGCACAGCCUGCUCUUUGAUGGCAGCACCAACCCGGCUCACCCCAAGCACAUUGGCAGCAUUGACCCCCACUGUGACGUGUCCGAGGUUGUGAGAGAUGCCUACAACAUGGCCAAGCUGCUGUGCGACCAGUAUUACAUGACCUCGCCCGAUCUGGAGAUCCAGGAAGUCAGCGCCAACAAUUCCAAGCAGCCAAUCCGCAUUGUCUAUGUCCCAUCUCACCUCUACCACAUGCUCUUUGAGCUCUUCAAGAAUGCCAUGCGAGCCACUGUGGAGAGUCACGAGUCCAGCCUCCGACUCCCAACCAUCAAGGUGAUGGUAGCGCUGGGUAAAGAAGAUCUUUCUAUCAAGAUGAGCGACCGAGGUGGCGGGGUUCCGCUGCGGAAGAUCGAGCGGCUCUUCAGCUACAUGUAUUCCACUGCACCCACCCCCCAGCCUGGCUCGGGCGGGACACCCCUGGCUGGCUUUGGUUACGGCCUGCCCAUUUCCAGACUCUAUGCCAAGUAUUUCCAAGGGGACCUUCAGCUCUUCUCCAUGGAGGGGUUUGGGACAGACGCAGUCAUCUACCUGAAGGCCUUGUCGACAGAGUCCGUGGAGAGGCUGCCGGUGUAUAACAAGUCGGCCUGGCGCCACUACCAGACCAUCCAGGAGGCGGACGACUGGUGCGUGCCCAGUACGGAACCAAAGAACACCUCCACCUACCGGGUGACUUAG